AUGUCAAUAUUCUCCACAAGAUAUUUAGCUACCCCUUUUUCAUCAUUUAGCCCACCAAAGGCAUUUGUAUCAAAAGCCUGCAGCCUCUCUAGUGGACAGCCACUUAAUCACUCUCCUAAUAUUUCCACUAAUCUAAUUUCAUCUUCAAAUGGAAUAACUAAUCCUAUUAGGCGUUCAGGGAAUUACGAGCCUACCAUGUGGAGUUAUGAAUAUAUUCAAUCCACACACAAUCAUUAUGUGGGAGAGAAGUAUAUGAAGCGAUUUAACGAGCUGAAGGAAGAAACUAAAAAGAAUUUGAUGAUGAUGGUUCAUGAGGAAUCACAAGAAUUAGAAAAGUUGGAGUUGAUUGAUAAUUUACAAAGGCUUGGAGUGAGUUACCACUUCAAAGAUGAAAUUAUGCAAUUAUUGAGGAGCAUACAUGAUCAAAGUAGUAGUGAAGCAAUGUCAGCAAAUUCAUUAUAUUACACUGCCUUGAAAUUUAGGAUCUUGAGACAACAUGGAUUUUAUAUCUCUCAAGAUAUAUUGAACGAUUUCAAGGAUGAGCAAGGUCACUUUAAGCAAAGUCUUUGUAAUGAUACAAAAGGAUUGUUACAAUUAUAUGAAGCUUCAUUUCUCUCUACAAAAUCUGAAACCUCUACUUUAUUGGAGUCAGCUAAUACAUUCGCGAUGUCACAUCUAAAAAACUAUUUGCACAAUUUAAAUGGUGAUUAUCAAGAGAAUUGGAGAGUGGAACUAGUGCGCCAUGCCCUGGAAGUUCCUUUGCAGUGCAUGAUGCUAAGAGUUGAGACAAGGUGGUACAUUGACAUUUAUGAAAAAAUCCCAAAUGCUAAUCCUCUCCUGAUCGAGCUUGCUAAGUUGGAUUUCAAUUUUGUGCAAGCAAUGCACCAACAAGAUUUAAGAAAUCUAUCAAGGUGGUGGAAGAAGUCAUUGCUUGCAGAAAAAUUACCAUUUACAAGGGAUAGAAUUGUGGAAGCUUUCCAAUGGAUAGCUGGCAUGAUGUUUGAACCUCAAAAGAAGGGAUACUGUCGAAUAAUGUUGACAAAGGUCACUGCUAUGGCUACAGUUAUAGAUGACAUUUAUGAUGUUUAUGGCACUCUUGAUGAAUUAGAAAUCUUCACUCAUGCUAUUGAAAGAAUGGAGAUAAAAGCAAUGGAUGAGCUUCCAUGUUAUAUGAAACUAUGUUAUCUUGCACUCUUCAACACAAGCACUGAAAUUGCGUACGAAGUUCUUAAAGAGCAAGGGAUCAACGUCAUGCCCUACCUUAUAAAAUCAUGGGCAGAUUUAUGCAAAGCUUACUUACAAGAAGCAAGAUGGUACUACAAUGGAUAUACACCAACUCUGGAUGAAUACAUGGAAAAUGCAUGGAUUUCAGUUGGAAGUCUGGUGAUGGUAGUGAAUGCAUUUUUCUUAGUCACAAAUUCAAUUACCAAAGAGGUGUUGGAAUACGUAUUCUCAAACAAGUACCCUGACAUAAUUCGUUGGUCUGCUACUAUUAUUCGUCUUACCGAUGACUUAGCCACAUCAUCUAAUGAAAUGAAAAGAGGUGACGUUCCGAAAUCAAUUCAGUGUUACAUGAAAGAGAAUGGCGCUAGUGAAGAAGAGGCAAGAAAACAUAUCAAUUUAAUGAUAAAGGAGACAUGGAAAAUGAUAAACACAGCUCAACAUGAUAAUUCAUUAUUUUGUGAAAAAUUCAUGGGAUGUGCAGUAAAUGUUGCAAGAACUGGACAGACCAUGUACCAGCAUGGAGAUGGACACGGAAUCCAAAAUUCUGAAAUUCAGAAUCGCAUUUCCAAAUUAUUUUUUGAACACAUCACUAUUUCCAUUCCGUAA